GAGAGCUGUCGCGGCCGCCUCUGGGGCUCAGCACUCUCGCCAGCGCGCAGAAGCCCGGGAUCCAGCCGAGCCUGGCGGCAGCAGCAGUAGCCGCUUCAGCCCAGCCGGAGAUGGGCAGAGAGCGCGCGCGGCGCAGCAGCUCCGGAUCCACAGCCUUCCCCGCUCGCAGCUCCCUGCGCCCCCGCCGCCUCUGUCGCCUCGUCGGUGUCCCCAGGCUCCAGUCCCGCGCCUAGGACAGCGCAGCCACCGCAGCCCGGCCCUGCCUGCCGCCUGCGCUGCGCAGCCCUCGCGCGCGUCCGGAUGGCGCUUUCCUCCCAGGACCGAUACACCCCAAUUGAACAAAAAGCAAAGCAAGGAGCAACGUUGACUUUCAUCAGUUAUUGCCCCUAAUUGUGCUUAGAAUGCAAUAAUUCAAGAAUUUUAUAAUACAGUGGAGUAGCUUAACAACUGUUUAUGUGCUUCCCAUGAUAUGUUCUCUAUAUUAAAAAAUUAUGACAUCAGCAUCCAAAGGCAUUCUCCGCCCAUUCGUAAUCGUCUGCAUCGUCCUGGGCUGUUUCAUGGCCUGUCUGCUCAUUUACAUCAAGCCCACCAACAGCUGGAUCUUCAGCCCCAUGGAGUCGGCCAGCUCGGUGCUGAAAAUGAAAAACUUCUUCUCCACCAAAACUGAUUAUUUUAAUGAAACGACUAUCCUGAUUUGGGUGUGGCCAUUUGGGCAGACUUUUGACCUUACAUCUUGCCAAGCAAUGUUCAACAUCCAAGGUUGCCAUCUCACAACAGACCGUUCGCUAUACAACAAAUCCCAUGCGGUUCUGAUCCAUCACCGAGACAUCAGCUGGGAUCUGACUAACUUACCUCAGCAGGCUAGGCCACCCUUCCAGAAAUGGAUUUGGAUGAAUUUGGAAUCCCCAACUCACACGCCCCAGAAGAGUGGCAUAGAGCACCUGUUCAACUUGACUCUGACUUACCGCCGCGACUCAGAUAUCCAAGUGCCUUAUGGCUUCUUGACGGUGAGCACAAACCCCUUCGUGUUUGAAGUGCCAAGUAAAGAGAAGUUGGUGUGCUGGGUUGUAAGUAACUGGAACCCCGAGCAUGCAAGGGUCAAGUAUUACAAUGAGCUAAGCAAAAGCAUUGAAAUCCAUACCUAUGGGCAAGCCUUUGGAGAGUAUGUGAAUGAUAAAAAUUUGAUUCCUACCAUAUCUACUUGCAAAUUUUAUCUUUCUUUUGAAAACUCAAUCCACAAAGAUUACAUCACAGAAAAGCUCUAUAAUGCUUUUCUAGCUGGCUCUGUACCUGUUGUUCUGGGCCCGUCUAGGGAAAAUUAUGAGAAUUAUAUUCCAGCAGAUUCAUUCAUUCACGUGGAAGAUUAUAACUCUCCCAGUGAGCUAGCCAAGUAUCUGAAAGAAGUUGACAAAAACAAUAAGCUAUACCUUAGUUACUUUAACUGGAGGAAGGAUUUCACAGUGAAUCUCCCACGAUUUUGGGAAUCACAUGCAUGCUUGGCUUGUGAUCACGUGAAAAGGCAUCAAGAAUAUAAAUCUGUUGGUAAUUUAGAGAAAUGGUUUUGGAAUUAAAGUUUUCCAUCAUUUGCACACUUGGAAAAAUUAUUUUGAUGAGCUAUCAUCCAAGUUUUGAGGAUGGAAGAGAGACAACAUUCUGCUUUUGUGUCACGAUUUAUUUUUAUCCCUCUCUCGGGUAACUUGUAUAUUUUGAUGGAGAUUUCUGAGAGCUCAGCAUUAGCAAUCACUCCCUUUGGUUUUAAAUUAUCCUGUAAAUACCUAAUUAUGUGCACUGGAAAUUAAUUUAUUCUUUGCUACCAUUUGUAAACAUUGUUUUUCACGUUUUGGUAGUUGUUUGUAAUGUAAGUUUGUGAUAUGAUUGUUUUUUCUACAUUGGUCAGCUGUUCAAGCUAUUUGGGAGAUGAAGAUGCACAUCUUAAAAUAUGAAAUAUUUCCACUAAAUAUUAUAAUCUCUAGUUCCAAGUUUGCAUAAUUUAACAAAGGAAAAGCAUUUGUAAUUGAGUUCUAACCUCUUUGACUUCGAAGUGAACAAAGUGUGUAACUGUCUCUGUUUGAUCUACUUUUUACCUGUUUACCACAUUUUUUGUGAAGGAAGAACUAUUUAUGUAGCGAAUAAGAAAAAUAGUGAAACAGAACUGGUUUAUUAGGGAAGCUAUUAGACUUUUCAUUUAUUUUCAUUAAGCUGACUUGCAAAUGCAGCCACUUGUUCUCACGAUCUUAAGUUAAAGUAUUCAAGUAGUUUUAAAUAUCCAAUUUUGGGGGAUUUGUAGAACCUGGGAAAUAAUCCUGACAACACUUAAGAAUAUCUAGGGUAGUUCUCUUCCCAAUCCUUACACUUAUUAUAAUAAAACAAAUAAUUUCCUCAAAUAACAAAGGAAAAGAAUGUGUAUAGAUACAAAUCAUAUUUGUAAGUGGUACCUUUAUGUACAAUUUUGAAUAACAUAUAAAUUUAAAAUUAUAAUUUUAAAAGUAAAUCUAAAAGCCCCAAUAUUUAAAAGUUUCAUUUUACCACGCAGACAAAUAAACAGACAAAACAUUUUAGAGGCUUGCCCUAUCAUUUAAAAGAACCUAAAUAAAAUUAUCAUUAAGAUGUUAUAUAUAAGAUGUUAAACAUAAUAAAAUGGGCAUCUAUAGAAAACACACAAUGCUAACCCAGAUAAGAUCUCAAUGCCCAUUUAUUGAGUGAAUAAAUGAAUGUCAUGGAAAAUCAUGGGAAAAUUUUUGUUUGUUUCCACAAAAUAACACUUCUAGCCCAGAAAUAUUAAUGGAGAUGAUGUUUUAUAUUUCAUUUUCAUAAUUAUUCAUACAUACCACAUGUGACCAUGGCCCUCAGAGCUUUACAGAACCAAAAUAAACUUGUCAUUACGCUAAGUUCUUGGAAAAUUCAUCCCUGACCCUGCAGUUGCUAUACAGCAAUUUUCCUCUAUGAGGUUAAGAGUUUAGUAGGUGAGAAAAGCUGGGAUGUUAAGGAUUCUUCAAGAAAAGCAUUUCCCAAAAGAAUCUUUAAUGACUAUGCCAUUCAGACCAAAAACCCAUCAAAAGAAACACAACAUUCUGAUGACAUCCUUUUGGAUCUCAUUGUGACUUAUUCUGAUAGUCCUGCUACAUGUUAACAUUAGCAGAGCCCAAAUCCACGAUCUUCCACAUCAAAUGGAAGUUAGAUAGAAGCAAACCUAGUUCAGUAAGUAGGAGAUAUGUCCCACACCCCAGACUGCCUUGUGUGGGAAUGAACCCUCGGAGCACUAAGAGAAUUAGAGCACAGGAAGAUUCUGGCAUUAGAUGGAGGACUUUUUGAUCCUCGGGUUCAUUUCUUCACCCACGUCGAGCAGGCAUGUCGUGUCAGGCAAUGCCCUACCCAGAGACAAAGACGAACCAAGGUACAAUCCCUACCCUACGGGAGCUUACAAUUAAGUGGAGAGAUACAGGAAAGCUUUCUUCAAGUCUGUAUCUAUGCACACACUCCUCUCCACGGAGUUUAUAUGUGUCACUGCUGAUUUAAUGAAAAUAAGAUAGCAAAUUUCCCCAAUUGUUCAGGGAUUUGACAUAUUUCUGAGCUGCAAACUUGGUUUACUCAUGUGACCCGGUGUAGGUUCCCUCCAUAUUAUCUCUUCCAGCCACACUGCAUCAAGAAAUGGUGAGUCUGUGUGGAUGCCCUCGUAGAUAAGGACAAAUUCACCCAUGUUUAUUUCAUGAGGUUAAAAAAGUCUAAUUCAUACAUUUACAGUGACUUUAUCAUUUUUUUUGCACUACGAAAAGUAUAGGGUUCUAAACAGGUUGCAUGACUAACAUGUUUAGAAAGCACCUGCUUUCCUCAAAAGCAGAAAAGCAUUUAGUAUCUUGACAACCCAUUUUGGCUGUGGUGGGCUCUCAUGAUUUCAAAGAACUGAGAAACCUGAGGGCAUUGCCUCUCUUGUCAACUAUGAAUUUGGUCUCUUUUUUAGACUGUCGAUAAUCACAUGCUAAUAAUAUGACCCAAGCCAAGGCAGUAAUACUAAGUCACUAACUGGCACAUCUAUAUAUUGAAAACCCAUUACCAGGUCCCAGAAGAUUAACGUUUCUGAAUUUCAAGUGCCAAAAUGAAUGAGUCAACUUACCCAUCAGUCCUGGGGCCAUUUAGCUCCAAGUUUUAGGGCUAGACAGUAUUAUAGCAAUGUUUACAAACCAAUCCCUUUAUUCUACUUAUGGGUUAACCAGAUCCAGAAAUAAUAUUUAUUCAAGAAAUAUGUUCUCACACACACACAGCUAAUGACAUAGCCAAAAUUGGAACGUAAGGGUGCUGUAUCUCUUAAUUCUAUGUUCUUUUUCAUUGUAUUCUCACCUAACCAUAGAAGUAUGUCUCAAUUCCUAAAAAUGUGAAUGCCUUAUUGGUCUAAUUAGGGCCUAUGGAAUGGUACACUCUAUGUGGAAGCACUUUGACUUUUGGAAAAUAUAUAGUAAAUAAAACAUCAAACUUGUUAGCAUUCUUUCUGUUUUAAAUAUUUUAGGAGUUGAGCUUUAGCAGAAGGAAAUGGACUUUCACUACAUUUUAAGAGAAACGCAACCCUCAAAGAUGGUGUAUGUUUCUCAGGCACUCCAUUAAUAAAUCCCAUGGAUUGCAAAUCUUUUAAAGGAUAUCUCUUGGUGAAAUAUACGGAUUCAACAAAAUUAGCUUGCUGUUGGUUAUAAAAACAAAAAAUGAUGCCAGGGGAUAAACUGUGGGUAUAAAAACAGAACAGACCAUUUAAAAAGUUUUAUUCCAAAAUAUAAAAAAUCUAUGACCUUCAAAGGUCUGAAUAUUUAAAUGUUAAUUAUUAUAGGCCUUACUAGAAAGAAUAUAUAAAUAUUAAUUAUUAUAGGUUUUCUUAGUAAGAAUAUAUACUGAAUUCUCCAUAUCCAGGAGUAUUAAACUCUUUAAAAAAGACAUGACAGUCAUAUUAUAUGACAGCCAUAAAUUUUACAAUAUGAAGUAAAGACUGGAAAAAAAUUAUCUUAGUGGGAAAUCAAUAUCAGCUUAAAAUUUUACAUUUACUACAUAAGUCUUAAUAAUCUUAGAAUGUGAAGAAAUGUUUUCUGUUGUGAGGGCUUAGAAAGCUCAGGGCACUUGAGGUAUAAUGUGACAGAAUAUUUAGGAAUUAUUUGCUAAGGCUUUAAAUUCUUGCCUCCAAUUGGAGGUUAAAUAUGGUAAGAAUAGGAAAUUAUACAAUUGAUAUCUUUUUGAUUGCCUAUUUUCAAACUAGAUUCCAUGAGUCUUAAGGUAAUGCCUUUGCCUUUUUCUAGAAAAUGUCUUUGCAUGAAGUAAUAUUACCAACAAGAUUUAGGUCCUUACAUGGUGACCUUGUGCUUAACCAUAUCUUUGAGUUCCCUUGAACUCUGAUCUCAUUUAGAGGAACUUCUCAAUGAAUUAAUUACAAUCAAACUGUUAAAUAUAAAAACUUCAGGAUCUAAAAGAUAAACACAGUGCCUAUCACAGAGAGGGAUCUCAACAAAUAUCUGUUCAAUGAGUGAAGAAAUUGCAUUGGAGGUCAUGCAGAAUUUUAUUUAAGUAUGAUAACAGUUCCAGCUUAUUGGUACCAGUUAGAGAUUAUAUUUUGUAUUUAUUUCUUUGGUCAGUUUACUGAUUGGAUGUAAAGGAAGGCUUUAUGUCUUUCCCAUCUUCCUGCAUCCUAACACCCCAAAAGAUGUAACAUUUCAAGAAAGAUUUUAAAGGAUUUGGAACAUGUUAACAUUUAUUCAGAUAUAAACACCAACUGUUUCUAAUAGGACAGACAAUUAGUAUUUGAGGAGAAGAUAAAGUGCAAACACUGUGAAGGGCACUUAUUUAUUACCAAACUAUGCACGGAGGGAAAUGCAGUUUCUUUCCUCCCUAACUGAACUCCUUUGUACUGCAAACAUGUCAAUUGGGAUGAUAUUUUUUUCUGGAAGUCUCUCAUCUAAAGAUUUUGUAGCAUUUUGCAAAUGGGUAAGCUCAACUACUAUCCAAAGUGUUCUCCCUCUCAGUAAUUCAUAUUGAAUGCAUCCAUAUUCAUGAGUGUUAUAUAGAGCAGUUAGCAGAACAAAAAUGAGAGAGAGACUGCUAAACCAGACAAUGCUAGGCUGGGUUAUAGGUUCAACAAACUCACUUUGAGAAAUCCAGCUAACCUCUCUGGACCUUGUUGUUUGCAAGGCUCCUUCUGGCACUGUUACUCUCUCAUCUAAGAUCUAAAUUGACAACAUGCAUGUAUUUGCAAAUGAAAUUCCAAUGACCAUAUCAUUUUUGGGGGUAAAUGUCUCAAACAGAUUUCACUCUGAUUUCUCUGAAUAGACAUUUAAAGUGUUAAACUGAUUAUAUAAACUAAUAUGUGGAAAGAACCUAACCCAGUGCUUGGAAUAUAGCAAGUGCUCAAGUAACUAAACUUCUUCCUUUAACUCCUUCCCCUUCGUUCUCUACCUCGUUUUUGUAAUUCAUGUACUCACGACUCACUAAGACCUUAAUUACCUACAGAAAACCAACCAUAUAAUGAGCAUUAUUUUAAAAUAUUAUAAAUUUUUCUAUAUCACCCACAUUCUUAUUACAAUAAUUUAAAACUUUCAUCAAUGCAAAAAUUUCACGGAGGCAGUGGAGGUACAUUGCAAAUCCCCAGAUGACAAUGAAACAGGGAGCCUCAUUUGAGUAAGCCAGAUUGAAUAUAUCCAAACAAUUUAGCUAUUCAUAACUCAUAGUUACUACAUAUUUUUUCAUUUGAUCUACUUUGAGAAUAUGGUAAAGAAUUUUUUUUUUUUUUUUAAAUCUCUCCAAUGUCAGCUGUCUUUGUCAGUGUAACUGAAAAGCCUGGUUCCUGGGUCACCAGACCUGGAAUCACCAGAGUAUUUAUGAACACUGCUGAUUCCUUGAUCCUGCUCAGGCAAUUCUCUUCAAACAAGUCCAAAAAAACAUGCUUUUAAUACAUUUCCUAAGUCAGUCUGCUUCAUGCUAUAGUUUAUAAACCCUCCUAACUAAGCCAGUGGUUCUCAAACACACAUAUGUCUUUGGAACUUCCUGGGUCACCUGCAUAAGAAUCAUUUGAAAAAGUAUUAAUAAUACACAGUUUCUGAUUCUCUGGGUCUGAGAUGGGAGCUAGAAUCUUUUUAUUUUAAAAUCUCCCCAGAUAGAUUUGAUGUGCUGUCAGGUUUGAGGUCUGUGUCAUAGCCACCUGUAAAAUUGAGUGCGAUCUGGUGUUCAGCUGAUAUAAGCUAAUGUCUUUAAUUCACUGGGAAUCAUCCUGGGGGAUAUGUCAGUAAACUGUUUCUCUACUUUAAGAGCAAGACAUCUGUAUGCCUUAUUAUUUCAUGCAUGAGCAUGGUACUGGCUAACUAAUCCCUUGAUUUGGGGCAAAUUAUCUAGUCUCCAAAUCUUUUAAGUUAUGAGUGGUUUCUAGCAGUAUUUCUCAGGCCCAGAUGCACGCAUGGAUCACCUGGAGAGGAUUUAAAAUUGUGGAUGCCCAAACCCCAUUUCCAGAGAUCUGAUCUGAUUGGUUUGUAAUGGGAUCCAGAGACCAACAACUGUAAAGACACUUUAGACGAUACUAAUGCGGGGCCGUCUCUGGGAACCACCAGUCGACACAAAAGACCUGCUCAAUUCAUGACCUGGAGGAAUUAUUAGGAAAAGAAAAGUUUAUAUACCUUGAAAAAAUAUCUCUCAUUCUCUUUUUAGGUUCUAAAUGCAUGUUUGUAUUUUGCAAUAUGAAAACUGGACUAUCCAAUUACUAAGAUCCUUUACAGCCAUAGAAUUUUAUGUUUCUGUGAUCUGCUUAUCUACUUUAUAUGUUUAAGAGAACCUCUGUUCCGUGUCCCAAAGCCCUUGCUUGAUGGGUAGAAAAGUAAUUUGCAAUUGGCAUAUAGCAAUGAGCCAGCGGUAGCACAUGGAGUUUUGGUGACCACAGAUUUACAAUUGAAUCUCAGCUCUGCCACUCCCUAACUGUAGACUAGCUACUUGACUCCUCUUAGCCUCAGAUUUUGCAUCUGUAAAGUGGAGGUAGCAGAUUCCUGAUGUGUGUGUGUGUGUGUGUGUGUGUGUACAAAUGAAACAUUUAAGUGAAUAGAUACUGUGUUCAAUUACAAUCAUUUAUGAUAACAAAAUAUCACCGUAAGGAAUUCAAAACUAUUUCCACGAUUUCAGUUCUAAAACUGAAAAUGUGGGGGCGCCUGGGUGGCGCAGUCGUUAAGCGUCUGCCUUCCGCUCAGGGCGUGAUCCCGGCGUUCUGGGAUCGAGCCCCACAUCAGGCUCCUCUGCUUGGAGCCUGC